CAUAGGAAGAACAGAGUGAAACAGAGUAACAGACAAAAAUAAUAAUAACACAGAGUAAAGCAGGCGGGAAGGGCAGUGAGAUUGAAAUCGGUGACCAAAGCAAUCAUGAAGGAGGAUGUUAAUCACUACUGCAAUCAUCAUCAACAUCGGAACAUUCUUUCUUUCAUCCUCGUCCAAAUUACAAUCAUUGCCGCCGCCGCCGUUCCCUUCUCCGAUCAGUCGCCCUCCGUCCCCGACUACGGCGACGCGCUGUCGAAGAGCCUCCUCUACUUCGAAUCCCAGCGCUCCGGCCGAUUACCACACGGCCAGCGCGUCUCCUGGCGCCACCAUUCCGCCCUCCUCGAUGGCCUCGAACAAGGCGUGGACUUGGUGGGCGGGUACUAUGACGCCGGAGACAACGUCAAAUUCGGGCUGCCCAUGGCCUUCACCAUCACAAUGCUGUCGUGGGGAGUGAUAGAGUACGGCGACGAUAUGGCCGCCGCCGGAGAGUACCACCACGCGCUCGAAGCGAUUAAAUGGGGCACCGAUUACUUCGUCAAAGCACACACCAGCCCCAAUGUCCUCUGGGUUCAGGUGGGAGAUGGUGAUACUGACCACUACUGCUGGCAACGGCCGGAGGACAUGGCGACGUCCCGGCGGGCGUACAAGGUGGACGAGAAGAAUCCGGGGUCGGAGGUGGCCGGGGAGACGGCGGCGGCGAUGGCGGCGGCUUCGAUUGUGUUCAGGAGAACGAAUCCACAUUACGCCCACCUGCUAUUACAGCAUGCACAACAACUGUUCGAGUUUGGAGACAAAUACAGAGGCAGGUACCACGAGAGCGUGAAGGCAGCCAAGGGUUUCUACCCUUCCACGAGCGGCUACAACGACGAGCUUCUCUGGGCCGCCCUAUGGCUCUACAAAGCCACCACCAACCAAACUUACCUCAACUACGCCCUCCAAAAUGCUCACCACUUCGGUGGAGCCACUUGGGCCGUCAAGGAGUUCAGCUGGGACAUCAAAUACGCCGGCCUCCAGCUCCUCGCCUCCACCCUACUGAGGGAUGAAACAACAAGGCACGACAACCACAGCCGCAAUAUACUAGAAACCUACCGCUCCAAAGCCGAGUACUACCUCUGCGCCAACCUCAACAAGAACGUUGGAAACGAUAACGUGCAGCUCACGCCAGGAGGCUUGAUCUACAUCCGACAAUGGAACAACCUCCAAUACGCGUCAUCAGCGGCGUUCCUGCUCACGGUCUACUCCGACCACCUCCGGUCCACGAACCGCCAGCUGGCAUGCAGCGCUGGCGGCCACGUGGACCCGUCGGAGAUCCUCGGGUUCGUCAGAUCGCAGGUGGAUUACGUGUUGGGGAAGAAUCCGAUGGAGACGAGCUACCUUGUGGGGUACGGCAAACGGUACCCCAAGAGGGUGCACCACAGGGGAGCUUCAACGGCGUCGUAUAAGAGCCACGAGGGUUUUAUUGGGUGUGUGCAGGGGUAUGAUAUUUGGUAUAGGAAGAGAAAUCCCAACCCUAAUGUUCUGGUCGGGGCGGUUGUCGGCGGGCCGGAUGAGAAGGAUCGGUUUAGGGACGUGAGGGAGAAUCACAUGCAGACGGAGGCAUGUACUUACAAUACGGCCGCACUUGUUGGGGUUUUUGCGAGGUUGAAUAGGUUGGAGGAGGAGGAGGAUGAUCCCUUUGACGAGUAUUCCUCAUCGACAAUUGCGUCCAUGUAGUAAUAUUGAAGAAAGAAACUGAUUUUGUUUGUUUCUUUUAUAAUAGAAAAUAAGUAGAAGAAAAGAUUGAGAUGGAACCACCUAUUUAAUGGUGUAGUAGUGAGAUUGUGAUCCCAUUUUUGUCCAUCUUUAUGGGAUUAACAAUGGUGGAAAUCAUCCCAAGUCCAGCGAUGAACUUUCUGAUUCAAAAGAUUUGUUUUGUAGUUCUUUCGAGCGCAUUGAGCUGAUCAUAGGUAUGCAUGUAAGCAAAAAAGCUAGAAAUUCUACUUGUUUCCUCAUUAUUCAUGAUCCGUGCAUAAACUCUUUUAAAAGGA